AUUAAUCUCCUAUUCUUUUCUUCUCUUUUAACAGCAUUAAUUAUCCUAUGUAUUCCACUUUUAUUAUCAUUUACACCAUAUUAUAAACUUGAAAACUACCCACAUCACGUUAAGACUAUGAUCAUAUGAUCCUUUAUUAUCAGCCUGGUCCCCAUGCUGUCAUUUCUUAACGGAGGUGUUGAGGCAACCGUUACCAACUGGCACUGAUUCACUACCCAAACCUUCAACCUAUCCAUGAACUUUAAGCUAGAUCUAUACACGAUUAUAUUCUUACCCAUCGCACUCUUAAUCACUUGAUCAAUUAUAGAAUUUUCCAUUUGAUAUAUAAGUUCAGACCCAAAAAUCAAUCAGUUUAUAAAAUACCUUCUAAUUUUCUUAAUUACAAUAUUAACCCUAAUCUCCGCUAACAACCUAUUUCAGCUAUUCAUUGGCUGAGAAGGUGUGGGAAUUAUAUCCUUCAUGUUAAUCGGCUGAUGACAUGCUCGAACUGAUGCAAACACAGCAGCUCUACAAGCCAUUCUCUAUAACCGUAUUGGGGAUAUCGGAUUUAUUUUAGCUAUAGCCUGAUUUCUUAUCCACACAAACUCAUGAGAGUUUCAACAAAUAUUCUUACUCCACACAAACCUACUUCCUUUACUGGGGCUAAUCUUAGCAGCAACAGGUAAAUCAGCCCAAUUUGGUCUCCACCCAUGACUUCCCUUCGCAAUAGAAGGACCCACUCCUGUCUCAGCCCUACUGCACUCUAGCACUAUAGUAGUAGCAGGUAUUUUCCUCCUAGUCCGUUUCUCCCCACUCCUUGAACAGAACUCCACUGCCUUAACAAUAGCCCUCUGCUUAGGAGCUAUCACCACCUUAUUUACAGCCGCCUGUGCACUUACACAAAAUGAUAUUAAAAAAAUUAUUGCUUUCUCUACCUCAAGCCAAUUAGGGUUAAUAAUAGUUACAAUUGGCCUAAAUCAACCAUUCCUAGCUUUUCUCCAUAUUUGCACCCACGCCUUCUUUAAAGCUAUACUCUUCUUAUGCUCUGGAUCCAUCAUCCACAACCUAAAUGAUGAGCAAGACAUCCGAAAAAUAGGAGGACUAAUUAACAUUCUUCCCAUUACGUCAUCUGCCUUAAUUAUUGGAAGUCUAGCCUUAACAGGAAUACCCUUUUUAGCCGGAUUUUACUCCAAAGACCUAAUUAUUGAAUCUCUCAACACCUCUAAUACAAACGCCUGAGCCUUAUCCUUAACCCUAGUAGCAACUACAUUUACCGCUGUCUAUAGCACACGAGUAAUUUUCCUUGCACUUCUUAAUCAACCACGAUUCUCCCCAGCAAGCUCAAUUAAUGAAAACAACCCACUACUCAUUAACCCUAUUAAACGGCUAGCCAUUGGAAGUAUUCUCGCCGGUUUCCUCCUAACCUCAUACAUCAACCCAACUACCUUAACUCCUACUACUAUACCUCCCUUCAUUAAAGUGACCGCCCUCGUUAUUACAAUCCUUGGCUUUAUCUUAGCGCUUGAACUCUACUUGACUACAAACAAUCUUACCCUCAAGCCUCACUCCCAACUCCACACCUUUUCUAACCUACUCGGCUACUUCCCUCUAAUCAUGCAUCGCAAACCGACCGCCCAAAACUUCUUUCUAGGCCAAAAUAUAGCAACUAUAUUAAUUGACUUGACAUGAUUUGAAAAAUCAGGACCCAAAGGCAUCUCUUCACACCAACUAACUAUCCUCACCUCAGUUACAGAGGCUCAAAAAGGCCUAAUAAAAAUUUACUUCUUAUCAUUCCUAAUUACUCCCCCAAUUAUCAUUACCCUAUUGCUCUUUUAG